CACUAGAGGCACUACCUUCUUGGGAGGUUUUUCAUCCUCAGAACUGAUCAUCAAACUUUGAGAUGGAUGAGAACUCAACCUGUGCUCUUUGACGCCCUCAAGUGUUGGAUCGAAGUCAUAGAGCAGUAUGACUUCGAACCUCAAUACAUCACGGGCGAGCACAACAAGGUUGCUGAUGCCUUGUCGCAUAGACCUAACUUCUCGGACGCGCUACUUACUGAGUUCGAUCUCACGGAUGAUGUUACUCGAUCCUUGGUGGAGGCCUAUCAAGAGGACCAAUUCAUGUCUGAGAUCAUACGCAGACUCGAGGCGAAGGACAAACAGACUUCUGUCGAGUUUGAGUUGAUUGACGGCUUGCUGUAUCUCGAAAAGGCAGGGAAUAAACGAUUAUGUGUCCCUAAUGGAGAGUCUUUGCGUAGUUUAUUUUUAGGUGAGUGUCAUGAUGCCACCGACCAUUUUGGGUUUAAGAAGACUGCGGCAAAUCUGUUGCAGCGAUUCUGGUGGCCCACGAUGAUGAAAGACGCCAAACUGUAUGUGGAGACUUGUCAAGUUUGUCAAAGGGACAAGCCGCGUACACAGGCCCCUCUUGGGCUCCUGAAGCCCCUUCCGAUUUCGGAAAGGCCAGGUGAAAGCUUGUCCAUGGACUUCAUGGAUACGCUGGUCACCAGCAAGAGUGGAAUGAGACAGAUCUUUGUCAUCGUGGAUAGGUUUAGUAAGUAUGCUAGAUUAAUAGCUAUGUCGAAAACAGCGAAAACUGAGUAUGUCAUUAGGCUAUUCAAAGAGAACUGGGUUAGAGACUUUGGUUUACCAAAGUCCAUUAUUAGUGACCGAGAUGUUCGAUUCACAAGUGAGUUGUGGAAGGCAGCUGCCGCAGAACAGGGCACUCAGUUGCAGAUGACAUCUGGAAAUCACCCAGAAGCCAACGAUCAAGCCGAGCAACUGAAUCGCGCUGCACAACACCUGUUGAGGCACUACAUCAAGCCGAACCAGGUGGACUGGGAUGAGAAGCUUGCUCUCGUCGCCAGUCUCUACAACAACGCAGUACAUAGCGCUACAGGGGUGAGCCCGAACAGCUUACAUUUGACCUUCAGGCCAAGACUACCUUUAGACUUUCUUCUCCUUGAGAAUCAAACCACUGAUGCACCAGGAACUUUAGAAUUUGCGUAUCGCUAUGAACAAAGGAUGCAGCAGGGUGUAGAACAGAUGCAGAAGGUGCAGGCUGCAAUGAUACAGUCUGAAAAUAGACGCCGCCGACCUUCUACAUUUCAGGUUGGGGAUAGGGUCUGGGUAAAGUCUUCAGAACUGGGACAGGAGCACGGGAUCUCCCGUAAACUCAUGCCCUAAUACUUUGGACCCUGCGAAGUCUUGGACAUAG